AUGGAUGCAACUCCAAAGCUCACAUCCGCAAUGAUGCAGGGAGGCGGCGUCUAUGAUUCGAUUAUCAAUCAAACACAGACACCUCGUGCCAAUGAAAAGGUGUUGAUGUUCCUGGAUCGGAUAGCACCUUCGGAUCCAGUUGACAAUGUCGUUGUCUGGACCGACGACGAAGAACCCGCUGACCCGCGCCUACACAUGUUUGCGCCCGAACACCGUAGAAAGGGCUUUAAACAGAGCAGUGUCUCCGAAGAGAAUGAACAGAUUCUCGAUGAACUCGCUCACUCGGAGAUGAGUUAUCCGCUGGACGAGCACAAUCGCGGCUCAGGUCCGCGCAAGCCCGCUGGCCUCGAAAACUUUGGAUCCCGUGGAUGGACACCACUCAAUCAACAUGUCCCAAUGUCUCCUCCAGAGAAUCAAUACGCUAUGCCCGCUGCUCGUCCUGCAGGUGCUCACUCCCGUCAAGGCUCCCGUGUCCCCUCUCGUAUGGAGCAGCGCCGUCCACCGUCCACCCGUCCGACUCCACCAAACAAUGGCCCAUCCGCGUUGGAGAUUGACAUUAGGCCACCAUCUGUCGAUGCAAGGUCUGCUGAUGGCCAUGGAAUUCGUAGUCUUGCCGCUACAGACGAGGAUAUCUAUGCCGCGGGCGGAUAUACAACACCCAGGGUCAAAUCACCUCCCCCAGCACCAAACCCGUAUGCAAGGAGGGUCGAAGGUCACGUUCCACCUCUUCGCUCGCCCUUCAAGACACCCCAAGGGCUUGCUGCCAGUGUUGCUCUUCCUGCUCAUCCAGCAAACCGCGCCGCGAGUGCAGCGGGCGUUUCCCGACCUGGUUCUCGUAUGGUCGUCAGAGGUGAGGAUUCCUCUGCCCACAAGCACUCCCGCGCCCCGGACGCGCCUCUCACUGCGGCUGCGUAUGAAACUCCAUGGUUUCAUCGUACGCAGUAUGGGAAGCACGAUCCCCCUACCGUCGUCAGUACGCUCAAACUAAAACUCAUUUCUCCCCCUCUUGAUUCUAAAGAUGUCAAUCCGCCUCGCGUGAGCACUCCUGAACAGCAUGUACGCACUCCCAGUUCCGCCGCCAAGACUCCCGUUGUCAACACCGUCACCCUCAACACGGGUCAUGGGCGUGGAGGUGUCAUUGAGACCGCACCAGCAGACGAGCAUGUUCUCAGUCACGUUCACGAGCUCGUAGACGACGAACCUGAUGUCGUCGUGGUUCGUGAAGAGGUCCACGCCGCUCCCGAGCCUGAGCCGGCAGAGUCUAUUGGUCACAUUGACGAUGAUGCAGAUAUUGGCCAUCACAUUCAAGAACACUACGAUGUCGUCGAUAAAGAGACCAUUCGUUCUACCACUCCAAAAGCCCGGCCAGAUGCACUCGUACUUCGAGACUAUCCAGAGACUGAGAUUGUCGAUGUAGAAGGAAUGAACGAGCGUCAACUCGUAGAGAUGCUCCGGACACCUGCUAUGCGCAGUGAGGCCAUUGACUACAGCGAAGAGGUUCAGCGAGCCCUCGACUUGCAUCACGACGAAGAUCUUUGCGUGUUGCUGCAAGCCGCCGAGGACGAGCUUCAGCAUCCGGUCGUUCGUAAAGCCGUCAGAAAGGCCAUUGCUGGACGGCUUAGGAAGCUUGGACUCAACGAGGACUACGAUACUGUCAAGCGCACGCCUUCGAUGGCUGCCAAGCUUCACAAACAAGCAUUCGGAGACCCGCGAGAUAUUGUGACCGCCCGCCUUCCAGAUGAGGCCCCCGAAUGGGCGAGACUUCUUUCCGACCAUGUCCAGGAACUUACACGCCAGUUCCAAGCAGCGAAUAUGGGCAAGUCUCAGCCUCGUCAAAUCAAGGGUAGAGAAGAAGAGGAAGAUGACGAUUCCUUGCAUCCUGAGCAUGCAGCCGACGAGCACGGGCUUAGUUAUCAGCCAGAUCACUUGAACAUCGAACCUCCUGCGGCUGGUCUCAUUUCACCCGGAGAACGACUGUACGAUGAAGAAGUGUACAAGCUGCGCAAGCGGAAUGCUCACGCCUCACCCCGUUCGCAUGCAACAUGGGAAAUUGAAGAAGAGGAAGGACCUGCUGGGGAGGAUCUCCCUACUAAAGGCACACGCGGUGGCCAUCGUCGCCAGGACUCCAACUCUCAGACCGGCGGCAAUGUCACUAGCCCAGGGGAUCAAGAAGGUGGUGACUGGGUCGCCAAGUAUUCUACAGAGGCGGACCAACCACCACCGUGGCUCAAGGUCAACCAGCGCCUUCUCAACUGGGCAGUCAUCUGGCCCUAUACCGAACUGGAGAAUGCUCUCAAGUCGUGUGACCGUGGCGAACAAGUCGACGAAGUUGCACUCACCAUCUGGACCUCUCAGAUCUACAAGCGAUAUGUACGCGCGCAGAUGACGCAAUAUCCUCCCGCCACUGUCGACAAGAUGUUUGUCCCACCGAAUAUCGCAGACGCAAUUAACAAUGCUGCGUACAAUGGCCGCCACGAAGAGGUCUCCGUCAUGCUCCGCGAGCUAUGGACACCAUUCGGCUUCCGUGGACAUCCCAAGCUCAUCCUCGCUUUGACACGGCACAGACGAGAGGACAAUCACUGGGUAGUUCACCGGUUCUCGUUGCCAGACGCCUCGAUCAUCACGUAUGACACCUAUCUUGAAAAGUCACUUCCUGAUGGCCGACCACUUGGAUGGUGGUUUGGUAUUCGUAUGGCGUUUGCCAACGACGCGUACCCGGCUCCGGAUCAAGUCGUUCAACGCAUGAUCCGCCUCCACCGACCGUUGCAGCUUCAAGUCGACAAUUCUGUUGCCGCUGCGGCCAUUUGGCGCAAUCUCAUUAUGGGCUCGAAAGCUGACCGUCUUGUCGACCUCGAGCGCCUGCGUGACCUGAUCCGACAAGAGGUCAAAGGCAUCCGACAGAAGAAGGAACAGGGCAAGCUUUCCCUCAGUCUGUCGAGGUCUGGCAAUGGCGUCUGGCCUAGCGCCUCUGGGAUCAUCGAGGCCUGA